AUGCGAAUUCAUGCGACUGUUGCCGAGCAAGGCUCUGCGCCACGCCAUGACGGCAAGCCGCGUCUGGUUGUCGUCGAUUUGCCCAGCGAUGCCAAGAAGCGUCGGCUUAUUGAUCGGCUUGCGAGGUAUGUGGCCUCAGAAGGCCAGCAAUUCGAGCAGGUCAUUAUGGAGAGGGAGUCGCCGGAGGGAGCUUUUAGCUUCCUCUUCCAGCGCGACACGCCAGAGCACAUCUACUACCGCUGGAGGACCUUUGCGUUCGCGCAGCGGGACAACUUUAAGGUGUGGCGGACUCAGACCUUCCGGCUGUGCGAGGGAGGUCGCUGGUGGCGCCCACCGCCAUGUGAGGCAGCUGCAGAGGCCGCAGAGAAGCAGAGGAACUCCAAGUUCUCCUCAUUUGGAGCCCCCGAGGAGGCUUCUCCCAUUCCGGCGCCGCCCCCCGCACCGAACCCGGCCACGGCCGUGAAAGCCUCCAAAGGCAGCUCCGUCAUGCCAGCCAACUGGAGCCAGGCAGACAUUGAUGAGGAGCUUGAAAGACAACGCCUGGAAGAGAAAGCCGCGCAGGAGCGCCGAAAACGGGAUCGAAAUCGCAGCGUGACUGGAGGAAAGAUAUUAAGCGACGAGGAUUGGAACACUCUGGAGCAACUCCUGCGCUCUGUCACGAGCACGAGAGCCUCUGUGCUGGAAGCCAUGGUGUUUUGCAUGGACAAAAGCGACUGGGCCAUCGAGAUCGCAGAGACCGUCGCUGAAUCUCUCACAAUCGUCGAAACAGAGAUCCCGCUCAAGGUUGCGAGGCUUCUUGUUGUCAGCGACAUCCUGCACAACACGACCUCCGCCAAGCCUGCGGCGUGGACGUACCGGCGUGAGUUUGAGAAAUCCCUGCCGGACAUCUUUGAGCAGUUUGAGAUAGGUCUCAGCCGCUCAGAGAGUAAGAUCCAAGUGGCGCAGGCUCGAGACCAGGUAGCCAAGAUCCUGAAAGUCUGGGAGGACUGGGGUCUCUUUCCUCCGCAGUUUCUGCGGGGCCUGGAGGCCUCAGUCAUGAUUGGCGUCCGGCGGCUGAGGGCGCUGGCGAGCAAGGGCGACUCUUCUCGAGAACCUGCUUGGUUGGAGCCAAAGUUGGCAGAUUGGAGGCGUCAACACUUCUCGCAGUUGGAGAAGAUGUGCCGAGCUCGCGGCCUUCGUGGUUCCACGGCCCACCUGGAGGCCUCUGGAACGCUCAGCCUAGAGGAGGCCCGCAAAGAAUGGCUCAUUGACCGUCUGGUCACCUAUGAGCUGAUGGCGCAUGAAAAGGAGCAGGCCGCCGCGAGGCUCGCGAGGCGAAGGAGUCGCGGCCUUGAAGAUAUUGAUGGCGAGGACUUGGCAGACGGCUUUCCGAUGGAUGAUGCGGAGCUCGAUGGCGAGCCUCUUGACCUGUCUACACCAGGCGAGAUCUUCAAAGCUGUAGAGCUGGCAAAGCAAGCGCCCGAGGCGCUGGCUGGCUACCUUGGUGCCGUGGGCUCACCUGAGGUGCUGCUCGGCGGUUUCGUCCUCGGUGCAGCCCUCGCCGAAAGCGCCACAGGAUCUGAGGAGGUGGUCAGCGAGAUCAGUGCCGAGGAGUCCGGCGGAAAGAACCAUGAGGCCACCGAGAAGCAACCCCAGGAGGAGGAGGAGAUGUUAGACAUUCAGCGUCCAGGGUCAGCAGAAUCCCAGAAGGAUGAGGUGCAGGGCGAGGAGCAGCCCAACAGUGAAGUACACCAGAAUCUUCUUCGGGAUAUUGACCUGGAGGUGAUGGAGCUUCGUGCCAGCUUGGAGCUGAAAGGCAUCCACCGCGAUGCCAUCCAGGAUGCCUGCAAGAAGAAGCGCAAGGAAAUGCUAGAGGAACACGAUGCCAAGCGCGGCGAUGCGAAGAAGGCAGCGAGGGACGGGGACGCGAAGGUGCAAGAGCGCGAAAAAGAGCGAGAGAAGGAGAAGGAACGCGAGAAGAAGAAAAAGCAGCAAGAAGAAAAGGAGGCAAAGGAGGCGGAGGAGAGACUAAAGAAGGAGAGGGACAAGCAAGCCCAGGAGAAAGAAAGGCAGCGCAAGGAAAAGGAGAAGGAGAGGGAAAAGGAGAAGGAGCGCGAGAAAGAGAAGGAACGCGAGCGUGAGAAAGGCAAGGAAAAGGCGAAGGCAAAAGAUUCCGACAAGGAAGGCAAGCAAAAAGACAAGGACAGGGACAAUGACAAAAGCAAAGAAAAAGAUAAAGAAAAAGACAAAGAAAAAGAUAAAGCCAAGCAGGCUAAGAGAAGAAGCCCAACGAGCAAGUCUCCUUCCGGGGCUGCCAAGAAGAAGGUGCGCCGAUAG